CUUGGUCCUUUUCUUCCACACUCGCCCUGCCGGACAGCCUCCCACUCCCACCUUUCCCGGGGUCCGUGUGCGGCCGGGCUGGGGGGGUCGCCACCUCAUCCGGCUCGGGACCCCGCGUCCUGCUCGCCAUCUCAGCCGCCUGGUCCUGGCCGCAGCCCCGCUGCCUUCGGUUUCCUCUCCCGUCAGCGCCGGCCCUGCGGGCGCUGCGCGUGGAGCUCUCGGCUCCGGGACCCCGCUGUCCCGAGCCCGAGGCGCUCCGCGGCCGGGGCGGCGGGGUCUGCUCUCGCCGGCCGCUCCAGAGUCACCCUGUUAGCUUCCCCGCAACACCCCGUGCCUCGAGGCCCCAGACCCGCGGGGAAAAUGGUGGAACCAGGGCAAGAUUUACUGCUUGCUGCUUUGAGUGAGAGUGGGAUUAGUCCAAAUGACCUCUUUGAUAUUGAUGGAGAUAUGGGGUUUGUGACUCCAACCCCAACUCCUGCAAUUCAGCAGUCGGUGCCACUUGGUGCAUUAGAACUAGGCUUGGAAGCAGAAGCUGCAGUUACUGUUAAACAAGAACCAGAGACGGUACCCAGUCCUACGCUGUUAAAUGUGAGGCAGCAGCCUCCAUCUACAACAACGUUUGUGCUAAAUCAAAUAAAUCAGCUUCCAACCCUGGGAUCUACAAUCGUAAUGACUAAAACACCACCUGUAACAACCAACAGGCAGACCAUCACUUUAACAAAAUUUAUCCAGACUACUGCAAACACCCGCCCUUCAGUCUCAGCACCAGCAGUGCGGAACACCGUUACCUCUGCACCUUCAAAAGACCAGGUUCAGCUAAAGGAUCUACUAAAAAAUAAUAGUCUUAAUGAACUCAUGAAGCUGAAGCCACCUGCUAAUAUUGCUCAGCCAGUUGCAACAGCAGCUACUGAUGUAAGCAAUGGUACAGUGAAGAAAGAGUCAUCUAAUAAAGAAGUAGCAAGAAUAUGGAUAAAUGACAUGAAAAUGAGAAGUUUUUCACCAACUAUGAAGGUUCCUGUUGUAAAAGAGGAGGAUGAGCCAGAAGAAGAAGACGAAGAAGAAAUGGGCCAUGCUGAAACCUAUGCAGAAUAUAUGCCAAUAAAAUUAAAAAUUGGCCUGCGCCAUCCUGAUGCUGUAGUAGAAACUAGCUCUUUAUCCAGUGUCACUCCUCCCGACGUGUGGUACAAAACGUCCAUCUCUGAAGAGACCGUCGACAGUGGCUGGUUAUCAGCAUUACAGCUCGAGGCAAUUACAUAUGCAGCCCAGCAACAUGAAACAUUCCUACCUAAUGGUGAUCGUGCUGGCUUCUUAAUAGGUGAUGGUGCUGGUGUAGGGAAAGGCAGGACGAUAGCAGGAAUCAUCUAUGAAAACUACUUGUUGAGUAGAAAGAGAGCACUGUGGUUCAGUGUUUCAAAUGACUUAAAGUAUGAUGCUGAAAGAGAUUUGAGGGAUAUUGGAGCAAAAAACAUUUUGGUCCACUCAUUAAAUAAGUUUAAAUAUGGAAAAAUUUCUUCCAAACAUAACGGGAGUGUGAAAAAGGGUGUUAUUUUUGCUACAUAUUCUUCUCUUAUUGGGGAAAGCCAGUCUGGUGGCAAAUAUAAAACUCGGUUGAAACAACUUCUGCAUUGGUGCGGUGACGACUUCGAUGGAGUGAUAGUGUUUGAUGAGUGUCAUAAAGCAAAAAACUUAUGUCCUGUUGGUUCUUCAAAACCCACCAAGACAGGCUUAGCAGUUUUGGAGCUUCAGAACAAAUUGCCAAAAGCCAGAGUUGUUUAUGCAAGUGCCACUGGUGCUUCGGAACCGCGUAACAUGGCCUAUAUGAACCGCCUUGGAAUCUGGGGUGAAGGAACUCCAUUCAGAGAAUUCAGUGAUUUCAUUCAAGCAGUGGAGCGCAGAGGUGUUGGUGCCAUGGAGAUAGUUGCUAUGGAUAUGAAGCUUAGAGGAAUGUACAUAGCCCGACAGCUGAGUUUUACUGGAGUGACCUUCAAAAUUGAGGAAGUUCUGCUUUCUCAGAACUAUGUUAAAAUGUAUAACAAAGCAGUCAAAUUGUGGGUCAUCGCCAGAGAGCGGUUUCAGCAGGCCGCAGACCUGAUUGAUGCUGAGCAGCGGAUGAAAAAGUCCAUGUGGGGCCAGUUCUGGUCUGCACACCAGAGGUUCUUCAAGUACUUGUGCAUAGCGUCCAAAGUGAAGAGGGUUGUGCAACUAGCACGGGAGGAAAUCAAGAAUGGAAAAUGUGUUGUAAUUGGUCUGCAGUCUACAGGAGAAGCUAGAACAUUAGAAGCACUGGAAGAAGGUGGAGGAGAAUUGAAUGAUUUUGUUUCAACUGCCAAAGGAGUGUUGCAGUCACUCAUUGAAAAACACUUCCCUGCUCCAGACAGGAAAAAAUUGUAUAGUUUGCUGGGAAUCGAUCUGACAGCUCCGAGUAACAACAGUUCUCCCAGAGAUAGCCCUUGUAAGGAAAGCAAAACGAAGAAGCGGAAAGGUGAAGAAGUAAGUCGAGAAGCUAAAAAGGCACGGAAAGUUGGUGGUCUCACGGGCAGCAGUUCUGACGACAGCGGGAGCGAGUCCGAUGCCUCUGAUGCUGAAGAAAGUGACUAUGAGAGCUCAAAGAACAUGAGCUCUGGGGAAGACGAUGACUUCAACCCCUUUAGAGAUGAGUCCAGUGAAGACGACGAGGACGAUCCUUGGUUAAUCAGAAAAGAUCACAAGAAAAACAAAGAUAAAAAAAAGAAGAAAAGUAUAGAUCCAGAUUCUAUUCAAAGUGCCUUAUUAGCAUCAGGUCUUGGAUCAAAACGACCUAGUUUUUCAUCCACACCAGUGAUUACACCUGCUUCUAACAGCGCACCAGCGAACAGCAACUCCAGCAGUAAUAGCAGCCUCAUAACGAGUCAGGAUGCUGUCGAGAGGGCCCAGCAAAUGAAGAAAGACCUACUGGAAAAACUAGAGAAGUUAGCUGAAGACCUUCCUCCUAACACCCUGGACGAACUUAUUGAUGAGUUGGGAGGCCCUGAGAAUGUUGCAGAGAUGACUGGUCGCAAGGGACGUGUUGUGAGCAACGAUGACGGAAGUAUAUCUUAUGAGUCAAGGUCAGAACUUGAUGUGCCCGUGGAAAUAUUAAACAUUACAGAAAAACAGAGGUUUAUGGAUGGAGAUAAGAAUAUUGCUAUUAUCUCAGAAGCCGCCAGUUCAGGUAUUUCAUUACAAGCAGAUCGCAGAGCUAAAAAUCAAAGGCGAAGAGUUCAUAUGACUCUGGAAUUACCCUGGAGUGCAGAUAGAGCAAUUCAACAAUUUGGAAGAACUCAUAGAUCAAAUCAAGUCACUGCUCCCGAGUAUGUCUUUCUGAUUUCUGAACUGGCAGGAGAGCAGAGAUUUGCCUCUAUUGUUGCCAAAAGACUUGAGAGCCUGGGGGCGCUUACACAUGGCGAUAGAAGAGCAACAGAAUCUCGGGAUCUGAGCAGAUUCAACUUUGACAAUAAGUAUGGAAGAAAUGCUUUAGAAAUUGUUAUGAAAUCCAUUGUAAAUUUGGACUCUCCUAUGGUAUCACCUCCACCUGACUAUCCUGGAGAAUUUUUCAAAGAUGUUCGACAAGGACUGAUAGGUGUUGGCCUGAUAAAUGUAGAAGACCGCUCAGGAAUCCUUACUCUUGAUAAAGAUUAUAACAACAUAGGAAAGUUCUUAAAUAGAAUUCUGGGCAUGGAAGUACAUCAGCAGAACGCAUUGUUUCAGUAUUUUGCGGACACACUUACUGCGGUGGUUCAGAAUGCCAAAAAGAAUGGACGCUAUGACAUGGGGAUCCUGGAUCUCGGCUCUGGAGAUGAAAAGGUGAGGAAAAGUGACAUGAAAAAGUUUCUGACUCCAGGGUAUUCAACGUCUGGCCACGUAGAGUUAUACACGAUCAGUGUAGAGAGGGGAAUGUCCUGGGAGGAAGCAACCAAGAUCUGGGCUGAGCUGACAGGACCAGAUGAUGGCUUCUACUUGUCGCUGCAAAUAAGAAACAACAAGAAAACUGCCAUCUUAGUUAAGGAAGUAAACCCUAAAAAGAAACUCUUCUUAGUUUAUCGACCAAAUACCGGGAAGCAGCUCAAAUUAGAAAUUUAUGCUGAUCUCAAAAAGAAAUAUAAGAAGGUAGUCUCGGACGAUGCCCUUGUGCAUUGGUUAGACCAGUAUAAUUCAUCUGCAGAUACUUGUACUCAUGCUUAUUGGCGUGGCAACUGCAAAAAAGCAAGCUUGGGAUUAGUCUGUGAAAUAGGUCUUCGCUGUCGCACAUACUACGUCUUAUGUGGCUCAGUCCUGAGUGUUUGGACAAAAGUGGAGGGUGUCCUUGCAUCUGUCAGUGGCACGAAUGUGAAAAUGCAGAUAGUUCGGCUAAGGACAGAAGAUGGACAGCGGAUUGUAGGCUUGAUCAUUCCGGCAAAUUGUGUGUCUCCUCUCGUAAAUCUCCUGUCAACUUCAGACCAGUCUCAGCAGCUUGCAGUCCAGCAGAAACAGCUGUGGCAGCAGCAUCAUCCACAGAGCAUCGCCAACCUGAGCAACGCGUGAAGGACAGACAGGCUGCAGCACGGUGCGUCUGCGGUGCUGUGGGGCAGACCAUUCGCAUAAAAUCAGGGACAGUUUCCAAAGAAUUAUAUAUUUUUUUCGGUUGUGCUCUCUAGGUAAUUUUUUUUUGGGAAUAAGGACAAACCUGGAAUAGGUAGCAAAACUGAAAAUCAGCAGUGCCGAUGGUAGUACAUGUGUCUUUCCUUUUGCCUCCCCUGGGGCUUCCUGUAUGCUUCUAUUUGGGUAAGCAGAGGGGUACACGCAUGUGCGUGCACAUCGGUCUGUUAGUGCGUUUGCUAAAAACAACAAACCGCAGUCGGUUUAAGAUGCGUGGAACUUCCCAAACUGGCUUUAUUCUCUGUUACACAGUGCUCAGGGUUAAUGCAGUACAUUCAUGGCAUUGCUGGGGCAGCUGUCCCCAGGUGCAUGUGUGUUGAGUAAUAUAGAAAAUAUGUAUUGAUUUCUUUUUCCAACUUAAAAACAAUAGGUUUACUAAAGCAUGAAAUGAAAGGCUGCAUAUCAUGCAUUCAGGUUUUUUUGUAGUUUUUGUUCUGACAGUGCAUGUCUUUGAAAGCAUGCGUAAACAAGAUUAACACAAAAGUCAAGUGUUGGAGAGAGGAUUUGUAGAUGUACAGCAUUGGUUAUUGCAUUUUUAUAGUGUUUAUACCUGGGUGUUGCUUCCAGCCCUGCAGACUCUUCUCCCUCUUUCCCCGCCCCAGGUUUCUGUCAAUGUAAUGAGUACAUACUUCUUGUAAUAAAGCUCUUCAAAGUUAAUUUUAAUGUAUUAAUAGUAUUCCUAACGUGUGCUGCAAAAAUGGCUGUAAGCCUGUUUUUCUUAAAAGUUACAUUUUCCUUAACUUAAAGAUAGUUUUAGAAGUACAGUUGGCUUCUGUCUUGCAGACAUUCUUGUUUUACUUCAUUUCGUUAUCUGAAGUUUUUGUCACUCAAAAACAGAAAACCGUACUUGAGUUGUAAACUAGAAAUGAGGAAACACUUGAGGCUUCUGCUGUAUGUUUUUUGUUGUUAUUGUUACCCAGUAACUUGAAUAUUGUUUCAUGUGUUGUAAGACAUUGUAGAGUUUAUCUCAAGCUGUUAAAAAUGGUAAUGUACAAAUGUGAAUAGACACUUAUCUAUAACAUGGGUAAGUUUUGUUUCGCCUAUAAUAGAUGUUUAUAAAAACAAGUGAGGGACAGUUGGUCUUUUUUCUUUCUUUUCUUUUUUGUUUUUUGUUUUUUUUGCUUGCACAGGUUGCACUAUAAAAAUUGAGAUUGUAUAAACCUGGUCAAAAACUGCAAGGUACCAAAAUCUUGUAGAUGUUAAAUAAAAAGUUAUCACCCUAACGAAGUGGACUCAUGCUUAGGCCCUCCCUGGGGACAGUAGUUGGAGUCCGGAGGGGAUUCUGCAGGACUUGAUUGGCCUCAGUUCCAGGGAGUGCUAACGCCUGGCUGCAGACCUGCUCCCAGAUUCUAAAUUCCGAGGCAGCGUUGAUGAAGGGAACAUAAGCUUCAGAACGUUUUUCAGAUCCAGUUGUUCCCUUGUAACUUGUUAAACUUCUCAAAGAAUUGGGGGGAAGGUGUAUUAAGGGAUAGAAACCUGAUCAAAAUUUAGAUCUUUCAUCCUCUUAUGUUUCUUUAACCCUGACUUUAUUUAUGGUUGUUUUCUUUGGAUGUAUUUAUUCUUCGUGCCUAAAGAACAAACUGAGAAUAAUCUCUGUUCGUGGGUGUACUUUGCCCCAUGGAUGCAGCUUUUAUCCUCAGUCUGGUCCAUGCAUCUCAGGCAGUGACUCUCAGGAGGUCCACCAGUGUCCCCAGACAGGACCUCUAACCAGUGACAGCUGCAGCUAGAGCCUCCCAGCUUUUGCUUCUGUUUGUAAACUGCUGAUCCUGCUGGUGGCUUUUGUUAAGGUGAAUCUGAAUCAGGCAAGAGAGGCCUAAAAAGCUGGCCACCAGUGAGCCCCAGCUGAGGACAGGACAGAGGCUCCUCCGUCUCCCACUCCCCGUCCCGUGCAUGAGGGUCUUCAUUAGCAGGUUCCAGCUUCCCCCAGCCUAGACCAAGCUAUAACACUUGCCUGCGGUGUGAAAGGCCAGAGUGUGUUGUGGUCUUUGUAGAAAUGAGGCCCCUGACAGCCCUUCCAAGGCAGGCUUUUUGGAAAGGUGAGCAGUGUGGAGGAUGGAAUGGGUACCACACACCCGAACCCAUUGUGCCACAUGUGUGGUGCCACGGCCAGUGCUUGUCCUGAGGAGUGAGUAUCGGGUGUCUACACUGUGCCCAUACGAAAGCACAUCUGGGAUACACCGAGGAAGCCUCAGAGUUCAGGGGCCACUUUGUUGCAAGCCCAGGUCUUAGCAACAGCUGGCUUGUGCAGAACAGGGCUGGCCUCUGCAGGAUCUUCAUGCCACCUCUCCACCCAGAGGCCUUAUUUAGCCUACGGGGAGUCCCCGUGGCCUCUGCAGUAAUGCCUUUCCUCCUGCGUUAGCAAUAUGGCUCUGAGCGUGCAUGUUUGAUUGUAAAUCGUGUCCGUGUGUUCAGGGUUUACGGUGCCAGUUGGGCUGCACACCAUUCAUGGGUGCUCAGACUUCCCACCAUUGGGGCGGCAGCAUCCCCUUGGCUACAGCCUUCCUGCCCAGGGUCUGCGGCAGGGGCUGGGUGGUGGGAGUCUGUGAAAGCACUGAGGAUGUCUUCCUUUAAAUACAAUUUGAUGAGAAGUAGGUAGGUUAGGCUGUUUUCUCUUUUGGCUACUAAAUUGUGCUAAACUCUUCAGUAUCUUCUCUUUUCCUGUAUGUGAAUUAGCAAGAAUCUGCAUCCAAAGCCCUGUAGUAGGCUGUAUUUGUGUGUGUGUGUGUAUUUUAUAUUUAUUCUCAGUUAAUUAGUGCUUCACAAACCAUUUUGAGUUACAACAAAAAAUCUUAGUUUGCUCUGUCCAUAGAGGCAACAAUUAAAAGUUCCCAAACUCCUUGGGAAUAUGUUUUAGAGUCAUAAUUUUUGGCCUUAGCCCAUGGAGCAUUCAUUUGUCAGUCACCAUCUGAUGCUGUUUGAACAAGAGAGGGGUCCCCAGGCCAGGCGUCUUGUGUAACCAGAGCCUCCUCCACUCUUUCCACUUUGCAGUUUAGCGUAAGACAAAAAGCAGGAGCUGAGCAGUUAUUGCUGUGUCUCAUUUUAGGAAAGCAGGAGCAGAAAUCCUCUCUCGGUCCUCUUCUUGGUAAGUCAUUAAAAGGCAGGGUUUUACCCAGUUACUCCCCCAUUUAAAACGUCCCUGCGUGGUACUGGGUAGUUCUAAGGCAGGUGCCAGGAAGAGCCACCGUGAGGCUGGGAUCCGGACUAUGGACGGUCAGCUCAGGCGUCCUCCUGCUGCACUGUUGACUGUUCCCCCUCGUGCCUGUGGUCUCCCGGGGUCACGCCACACCUGUGCACUCAGAUGUAGCUUGCAUUCGGCAUCAGGGCCGCAGCUGAGAGCACAAACCAUCCGUAGAAAACCUCACGUCAGGCCAGUAGUCUAACAGAAGUGUAGCGUGUCCUCAGUGACAAACCACACGUAGAUACCUGCAGCUCAAACUAGCUAGCGAUUUCUUUUCUGAGUAUGUUGAUGAAAUCCGGAGCCCACUUUCUAAUUGUGUGCUGUACCUAUGAUAUGUACAUUAAUAUGUAUAUAGAGAAAUGGAAGCUCUUUUGAAUUCUGAAUGUAAAUAUUUCUUGUAAAUUGGGGCCCCAUCCACUUGUUUCGCCCCCUCCUUCACUUCUAUUUAUUCUUUCCUGGACUUCCCGAAUGGGGCACUUUAGCCCUUCUCUUCCUUGCUUGGGAAAAUGGGGAGACUUAGCUGACUUGCUUCUGACCUCUGAGUGCGCAUCCCUGUGCAUAGUUCCUGUCGCAGCACCCUUGCCUGCGCUUUGUGUUUUUAUCACAGUCAGUCCCGCCUGUGGGGGACUGCACUGGAGUGCCCUGUCGCUCUGUCUGGAGAUGACCGGGUCAUGCUCCUGUGUUCUCUGGAAGCCACAUGAGUCUGAUGUGUUGUUUUCUCACUCUCUCACUGUCUCUCUCUCUCUCUCUUUUCUUUGCUUCUCAAAAUUUCUUGAAGCUCCUGUAACUUCUUCAGUGCAUUUGGGAUCAAACCUGGCUCUUCAGGGAAUGUGACAGCUCCUACCCUUGCAGUUUUUCAGGCCUGCACGAAAUCUCAGUUUGGACUUUUCACCUAACAGGGACAUUUUGCAGAUUAGAGACUUUGAAUCACUGUUCACGGCCUGCUGCUGCAAAUCCCUCCAGUAAUUAAGGCGUCGAGCCUGUACUUUAACCCACAUGGCACAGUCACAGAUGUAUUUUGCAACAAGUGCAGGUCAUCGACCUGCUUUGGCUGUAGCUGGUUAAGGAUAUUUGCAGUAAGCAGAGACGAGCCUGGUAGGUGACACACAGGUGACAUUGGAGAACACAUAAUGCUGUGGGCCUGUGCUGUGGGUCACUCUCUGGAGGGUCCAGGGAAGGUAGUGCUACAGGCAGCCUCCUGCCUUGCUGCAGACCUGGUCUUGGAAGAAGUGGCUGGGAGUGGGGGCCCCUGGUUAGCAGCAGGAGGCAGACAGUGGGGUGUCGUGUGCAGACUUGGCACCUUUAAGAAAAGGCUUCUCUGUCAUCCUUCAGAAUGACCUGAGAGCAUUUCUUGGGCUUUAAAUUCAUAAAUAGUUCCAUUCAUUACCACUGGACCUAGGAGGCUCGUGAAGCAUUCCUGGUCACCUGCCUUUGGGUGGGCUCAUAGCUCCAUGUACAGUGAGUCGGGCAGGCCCAGCUUUCUGACUGGUGCCCGCACAGUGGUUGAUCUACCUGUGGCAUUUGCAGCAGCAGUGGCAGGGCCAGUGAUACUGAGAUGUCCCAUGAGUGCAGUCCAGCAAGGGAAUAAGCCUGGACAAGUGGGUUCUUUCUGGUUCUGGCAGCUUGGGGCUGAAGGACAGCCUGCAGGUCCCUCGGGGGGAGUAGCCCUCAAACCACACCCCACUCUGGUGCCCGUUGGGGCCUGAGUGACAAGGCCAGUGUGCGCCAGGGUCUUGCAGGAUGUAGUGAUGCCUGGCACUGAAGAGGUUAAAGGGGCCUGUGCCUCCCCUGCCUUGGCUCCCUGGGACGAGGGAUUCUCAGUGUAGCACAUUGCAGUCACCACAACUGGGAAGGAUCACCCUGUUGGGGGGGGUUCCUGUUCAUGGUUUAUACUAAAUUUCAAACUACUGAUACUGUUUUCCACAACCACUUGUGUCUACCAUCAGCCAUGAGCGGUGGGAAGAGGUACGCUGUAUCUCUGCAAUAAAACUUCUGCCAGGUUCUACCUCCUUGGGCAAAGGCGAUUUUCUCCAUAGGCGUAGACCUUCCUUCCUGACUGACGCGACACUAUGCGGCUCCAGAUGGCGUCCGCCGGCACCCAAAGACCACCCAAGGCGGAGUGGCUCGGACUCUCGGGACGUCCCUUGUGUUCCCUGCUCUUCAGCCUCCCCCUGCGCCGCUGUCGGGGGCGUCCUCCGCGUCCUCUGCCGCACUGCUGCCUUCCUGGCUGGCCCCGAUCAUCACGAGCGUCCGGAGCGGGUGCCCUCGCCCUGCCGACACAAACUUUCCUGAGACUGAUCUCAUGCAAUAAAAGCGUGUGGACUGCGCCCCACAAAGAGAAUCCAUCACCAUGAAGUGUAACAAAGUCUGUAUUUAGGUUUUUAUUGUGAUUUUCGUUUUGUUUUUGGGGUCUUUCUGGCUUUGUUUUUGUAAAAUUCUUAAAUAAAAUUAAAGAAAUAAAGCCAACUGCUCUCCUGCA